AUGUGGCGUGUGGCUGUGAAGGCGGAAUUACUUGGCGUGGGCACCUCAUUGAUGAUGAUGCGGGCACAGGUAGGUGACUUGCCCAACCUCUCCACUCUCGUCCCGACCAUGAGCGCCUCCGCCCGUACUAUGAACCAGACUGACUCACUCGCUUCUGUGCUGCGACACGGCGCAAAAAUAAUGGUCACACCAUUAUCCCCCACAAGGCGCGCUGCCAACAUGCGUCGCAGCACCUUCCCGCCGCGGACGGGCAAGCCCGCAGCCACCACGCGCGCACCCGAGCCGCCGCAGCGCAAGAUAUUCAACUGCAUCGUCGACGACACGGCCCUGAUCGCCGGCGUGAAGAAGAGCACACGUGACGGCGUGCGCAAAUGGGUCUCCCAGGGCUCCAUACACCUCUAUGUCCCACUACACACACUCACUCAGCUGCACCGCCUGAAGACGGGCACCGAGCGCAUUAAUGCCGACGCCCGUGAAGCCGUCAAGUGGCUCGACGAGAUAACAUCCGUGUCCGGCGAGGUGGCGAACCGCGUCAAGAUUGAAGGCGUCGAAGAGACAUACACGACAUGGGCCGAGGUGGAGAAGUUCAUUCUGCCUGAGACCCUGCUGUCCAUGGAGGACAGUGAGUCCGACGACGAUGACUACCACGAGGAUCUGGAGAGCUCCUUCAACGCCCUCGAUGUGUCGGACGAGACCUCGAUGAGCUCCACGCACAGCAUGGACGACAUGCCCAAGAUGCCAAAGUCGCCCAAAUCGCCUCUGAGCAGGAGCAUCAGAUCGGUUGAAGCAUUCAAACACGAAGACGAGGCCGCUGCUCAUGGUCUGCAGUCUCCCGAUCGCACCGCCCGUAACAGCGAUGAGCUGCCGCGCACUGAGAAGGUCUCCAAGGGAGCCAUCCCCGUCUACCUACAACCGCUGUUCAGCCAUAUCCUGUGGCGCAUCAACAAAGAGGACAACCCAGAUGCGGCUCUGGAGUCCUUCAUCCUCCUCACCAACGACCCUACGAAGCAAGCCAUCGCACAGAAGUUUGGCAUCCGGGCUAAGCGCUUGGAGCAGCUCCGCGAUGCAGUGGCCCGCGAGGAUCGCGAAUACAGGAACCAUCUCACCAUGCAGCAGCUAGAGACGCAGACGCCUGCGACCCCCAGUCCAACAAAGGCCGCUGAACGGCCCAAGUCGAGCCACGUCCCUGCUACCAAACACAUAGAAGACUCAGACGAGGAAGACGCCGUUCUCUUCAAGGCGCCAAAAGGUCCCGCAGCGACGACCAACACCCAGCGCGUGUUCGACCCCAACGACUUUGGCCGUACAAGCCAGCACCACUCGCCGCGUGGCGGUCGUGGCGGAGCACAUGUUGCACCUCGAGGUCGUGGAGGCCCACCACCUUUCCGAGGACGCGGCAACUUCGCACCUCGUGGGGCCUAUGUGGCUCCUGGUCCGGCCUUCCGUGCCCCACCCGUACCUCGUCACGACCCGAACCAGCCUCUGGACCCGAACUCAUUCACGCGACCUGCCCCACGCGCGAACCCUGUUCGUGGUGGACAUGGACGCAAAUUGUGGGAACCGAACUAG